AUGACCCUAAUUGUUCAGUUUAUUAGUACAGGUUAUACAUGCGAAAAUGUAACAUUACAACAAAAUCGAGAUCGUGGAUUACACAUUCCAUUCACGAAUUUCAACUGUUCGAAAAGUAACGGAAUAUUGAGAAUUUCUACACUAUUACCGCAACAUAUUGUUACGAUGCAAUUUAACUUAAACGGACCACAUUUUGUCGGUGGACUUCGUCUGUGCUUUUCAGCGCCUUCUGUUGUCAAUGCCGAUGUUUAUUCUAAGACUCAACAAAUGAAUACAUGUCAGUUUUUUUACACUCCAAAUGAAACGCUAACAAAAGACCUGACAGUGAAUGUGAAAAUGACUAAAGUAAUUAAUCGAACUGCUGGGUUGACAAUUCUUGAUAAUACAACAUAUACAGGUCUCUGGCUACCUUCUUUCAUUGCCAAUACUCUCACGGAUGAACUAUUCUUCUCGCUAGGUGCUGAUUAUCUUCGUUAUUUGCCCAAAAAAACCACUUUGGUUAUAGUAAUAACUGAAUCUGAAUUCUAUAUGAAAAAUACACAAGAACCUAUUGCUGGUCAAUAUGAAAUCGCAUUUAGCACGGUUCUAUUUUCAAGUAAGACUUUAGUACUUAGUAAUAAUGGCGAAUGCUGA